AACGUCCACCCUCAUUUCGAACGUGGUGUGGUGUAGUUGGGGUCACCUCUUUCAUCAUGCUAUGUAAGCCCACCAUCGAGUCUCUAUAUAAUUCCGCAUAGAUAGGGACAAUCACCAAAUAGUUCCCCCUUACUCUCGACGAUCCUCCAACACUAAAUUCUCAGUUGACAAGCCUUCUCCAAAUCAUCAUGUCUUUCGAUAACAAUCCCAACACCUACGGUUCCAGGACAGGAGCUCCUGGCCGUCGUUCUGACGACGAGAACUGGACUCAGGAUCCUAACCAGGACACGUCCUUCUCCCAGAGUCAGCAAAGGUCCUCUGGCCAACCCCAAGGCCAGACCUGGGACAGCAGUCAGGGUGGUGACUGGAACAGCCAGCAGUCCGGUCUUCGCGACCCCUAUAGUGGCAACACUAGUGACAUGAACACACCCGGUGCUGGUGGUGACUUCGGCAGUACCGGCCGUCAAUCUGGCCGUCAAUCCGGCCAGCAAUUUGACUAUGGGAACCAGGGUAGCCAGAAUCAAUAUGAGAGUUCGACCGGCCCUGGAGGAGACAAUUUCGGUGACGAGGCUAGCUAUGGCAGCCAGCAGCGCACCGGUGCCAAACCCUCCAUGGGUGAGCGCGUCAAAGGCACUAUGGAGAAGGCCACUGGUCGUGUCUCCGGCAACCAGGACAAGGUUGAGCGUGGCGAGGAACGCAGGACCGGUGGAUCCCAGUAUUAAAAUGACGUCACAUCAUGGCGGACGGAUUGAAUCUUGCAUAGCGUAGAGAAUAGCUGAAUUGUAUUUGUAUGAUCGUGUUUGAUUCGCAAUCGAAUGAGCCUUUAGAC